UGAGCUGCCCUUGGGCCGGUCGUGGAGAACCUGGACAGCGAUGGCGCCGCGGAUCUUACCGGCUGUCAAGUUCCUGGUGAAAGGAGGCUUGGUUGGAGGUGCCGUUUAUGUAGUAUAUGAGCAGGGGCUCUUAAGUGGCAGCGACCAGGGGGUUGAAGCACUCCGGAAAGCCCAGGAGGCAUUGCCCCCAGCUGUGGAGGAAUGGACCAGAUAUUUCGGUUGGCAGCUUCCAGCAAUUCCAAAAAUGGAAUUUUCUAUUGCCAGUUCCUGGAACACAGGGGUUGAGACGGUCAUCGGUGCUCUCUCUGUAGCCCCGACCAGGGCUUGCGAAUACACACAGCACGGCUGGAAAUACCCAAAGGAUCUUAUCAAAUGA